AAUAAGUGUUGCUAGCAAACUACUUUAUAUAUUCAGCUGAACCUCCAAAACCCUCCCCCUCUCUAUCUCUAUCUCAGUCUCUCACACACAGACACACACAAAAACACAUGACUCGUUCGAUUAGAUUUCUCACCGUCGCCAAAUCAUCAUUAAGGUCGACGGCAACGGCGGAGCCUCCAGAAGCAGUCGCCGUCGAAUCCGACUUCGUCGUCAUCCUCGCCGCACUCCUGUGCGCCUUAAUAUGCGUGGUCGGCCUCAUCGCAGUAGCCCGCUGCGCCUGGCUCCGCCGCGGCGCCGCCGGAAGCGACGGCCCCGCCUCGCGGGCCUCGGCCAACAGGGGCCUCAAGAAGAAGAUUCUGCAGUCCCUGCCGAGAUUCACCUACGACUCCGCCUCGAACGGCAAGUUCGCCGCCGAGUGCGCGAUUUGCCUGACGGAGUACGCCGACGGCGACCAGAUCCGAGUGCUGCCGCAGUGCGGCCACGGCUUCCACGUCGGCUGCAUCGACACGUGGCUCGGCUCGCACUCUUCGUGCCCUUCCUGUCGUCAGAUUCUGGUCGGCGCGAGGUGUCCGAAGUGCGGCGAGUCUCCGGCGAUCUCCGGUGCCGGAGCUCAGGCCGAUACAGGAAUGAGAACCAGAGAAAAUGUCCCUUCGGUUGGUUUUUUACCAUAAUUAGAUUAACAAAAGGAUAAGUACGAGUUUUUAUUUUUAUUUUUAUUUAUUUUUAUUUUUGUAGGUAUCGAGUCGGUGACCUAUUGGACCGUACAAAUUCAUGUGAAAAUUGUGAAUUUUGUGCUUGUCUUUUAGUUGCUUAGGGCUCCAAAAGAGUUGGGACUGUUUAGUAAUAUAAAUAGGAUGCCAUGUGAUAUGAUUUUUGUACAUAUAAUUAUAUAUAUAUUCUGUGUUUCUAUAUUGUGAA